UUCGUUUUCUAUAGUUAAUAUUUAGUAAUAGGAUGUUUUACGUGGAUUCUCAACGGACUACCACGCGGCGGGACAGCUCCCUCAUAACUACCGCUAGAACCUCUCCAGACCGAGAAUCCCUAUUGACCAUCCGUGGACACUCCAGCUUACAUUUCGGCAGCGACCACGGCAAUCUCGCCACAACCGUUCGUCCAAAGGGCUCCGUACAAAAGGAACUAGUAACUUUACUCUUUGAGUCGAUGCUUAAACACAUUGUGGUGUCUUGGGAGGUUAUUGAGCAGGAAAAACCUAACUCGGAAAUAGAAAAGACGAUUAGUGAAGUCACUGUUUUCUCUGCUAAAAAGAAAGGAAAAGAACAACCACCUUCAAAAAUGACCAAAUCUAAAAUCAACAGGUCGAAGUCGGGUUUGGUUCCGAUAGAACCAGUGGCGUUCGUUCCGUGGUGGUCAGGGCCGGACGAGCGCGCUGUCAUACGCUUCAAAAACGGAAAUCUGUACGAAGGAAACAUUUCCAUGAAGUGCAUGCAUGGAGAGGGGCGGUUCCAGUGGGAUGAUGGGACAGUGUACUUGGGGCAAUUCAAAGACAACGAAAUGGUCGGCAAAGGGAUGUUCCAAUGGAAGAACGACACGUGGUACGAGGGCGAGUUCGCGUGUAACCUGCGUCACGGGCGCGGAUUGUAUGUGGACUCCCGCACGCAGGGGUCCUACGUCGGCGGCUGGCACCUCGGCACCAAGCACGGCGUCGGCGCCUUACACUACCCGGGCCACUGCACUAACUCGUACGACGGCCAGUGGGAUCAUAAUGUAAGACAUGGAGUUGGAUCACGCGAAUACUGCCAUGAUAGUGGCUAUAAAGGAGAUUGGGACGCUUACACGAGAGAGGGGAAGGGUUUGAUGAUAUGGCCUAACCAUGAUCAUAGCCUCAUUACUGUUGCGAGCAAGUUGUAUGCGAAGACAACAUUUCCGGGACCAAAACCAGAUACGAUUUUAGCCAGUGCGUUUAGAACAUUCAUGGACAAAGAUGUUUUGCCAGGUUCAGUUUGCCAUAAAGGUCACCUUGUGAACGGCUCCGGCGUAUACAUGCCCCUGAAAGCCCUGUACGCACUGUAUCGCAGCCUGGGCGAGCCCCACACUGUCCGCACGUUUCUGUGCGCGGCGCUGCGCCCUCACCAUGACGUGGAGCACCCACAGCCGCCUAUGGUCGAAGCGCCCGAUGAAUGCCUUCCGGUUGGACGCAACGGCUACGUUUUUGAAGAUGAUAUGAUAUUCAGCCUUGAAGAUAAUAUAAAAAAAUGUCCGGAUGAAGACUCAAAUGGCGACACACAUCUAGAGCUUUUCAACUUUGGCAACCUGUCCUGCAAAAUGAUUAUAAAAAUAUUUGCUAGAAUAUUUCCUAAUGUUUUUGGGAACAAUCACGUAUUGAAUUUGGAUGUCCAAAUAACGUUUUACGAGUUCUUUGAAGCCUUCAUCUGUUGUGCUGAGGAGAGUAUUCGGCUGAAAGAAGAACUGUUUAAAGACGCAGCCGCGCAAACUACCUUCAUGUAA